AUGGCAGACCUCAAAUCCUUUGAUCAAACGAAGCUCAAGGCAUUCGAGAACGCGGCUGCUGGACACGAUGGCGUACUUCUGGACGAAUCAGGUGAACUCGUCAUCAAACCAUGCACAGCGGAAGAAGUCGACUUCUACCAAGAAAGCAUCUCACAACACCCCAAAUUCUACGAGUUGAUGCCAACUUUCAUGGGCACCCUCACUCUCGGAGCACCAGCCCAGGUCCUAGACACCACCGCCGCACAGGAGGAACUCACACAAGAGCAAAAAGACCAAACUCUACUCCACGGCAAAGCCUUGACCACCGAGACCGCCAUAGUACUGGAGAAUCUCGAGCAUGGCUUCAAGCAACCCAAUGUCCUGGAUCUCAAACUCGGCUCCCGUUUGUGGGCAGAAGGAACCAAGCCUGAGAAAGCAGAUCGACUCGACAAGGUCUCUGCCGAAACCACAAGUGGCUCUCUCAACUUCCGCAUCGCUGGUAUGAAAGUCUGGAAUGGCCAAGGCUUUGACAUCUACGACAAGUUCUAUGGACGCAAGUUUAGCAAAGACAAUGUCAAGGAUGGCUUCGCGGCAUUCUUCAGCAGUCUUUCAGCCGGUGUGCCGAAAGAUGAUGCCCGUUUGCUGCUCGAGACGAUUCUUGCGGACAUCACGAAAGCCCGUCACAGCUUGGAGCGCUCAGAGUCACGGAUGUACGGCGCGAGCAUUCUGGUGGUGUACGAGGGCGACAAUGAAGCGCUAGACACAAUCAUGAGGGGCCCACCAAAAGCUCCUGGAGGCGACGAGCGAGCACCCACGACUUUGGAGGUGAAGCAAAGCCAGGAGGAAGACGAGGAAGAAGAUGAAGACGCUCCUCCCGUCGCCCACCGGGUCAAGAUGAUCGACUUUGCACACGCCCAGUGGACGCCAGGAGAAGGUCCGGAUGAGAAUGUCAUCAAGGGACUGAAGAACAUCGAGGAUCAGAUGGACGCGCUCAUUGCUCUUUUCGACUAA